AUGAUCCACGCCUAAACCGGACAAUGGAGUAGUGAAAAGUUCGCCAAUUCACGAAAGCAUACCACCCUUUCAAAUCAAAACUGAAAUUAACAUUGAAAGAAUAACGAUAGGAUCCGGAAAGGGCAGAAAUAACACUAAUUCAUCUAUUCAAAGCAUCUACAACCAAGAGAAAAAAAUAAGUACCCGCUUGUAUGGAAAAGGGAGAAUUUUCCAAUUGGGAGAUCGAAGAGAAAAAAGCACGACAUGUUCAUAAAUUACAGGGGAAUCCAAAUUCUCCGAAGAAGAAAACAGAUAAAAAGAUCAAGAACAUGUCAACGAAGAAAGCCACAUGGCAUGUGA